AUGGCUCCAGUUAAGAAAGUUGCUCCAGCUCCAUUUGCUUCCAAGGCUUCCAAGUCUAGCAAGCCAAAGAACCCAUUGACUAACUCUGCUCCAAAGAGUUUCGGUAUUGGUCAAGAUAUCCAACCAAAGAGAAACUUGUCCAGAUACGUCAAAUGGCCAGAGUACGUUAGAUUGCAAAGACAGAAGAAGAUCUUGUCUAUCAGAUUGAAGGUCCCACCUGCCAUUGCUCAGUUCCAAUACACUUUGGACAGAAACUCUGCUGCUGAAACUUUCAAGCUUUUCAACAAGUACAGACCAGAAACUGCUGCUGAAAAGAAGGAAAGAUUGACCAAGGAAGCUGCUGCCAUCGCUGAAGGUAAGACCAGACAAGAAGCCUCUCCAAAGCCAUACGCCGUCAAGUUCGGUUUGAACCACGUCGUCUCUUUGAUUGAAAACAAGAAGGCUAAGUUGGUCUUGAUUGCCAACGAUGUUGACCCAAUUGAAUUGGUUGUCUUCUUGCCAGCUUUGUGUAAGAAGAUGGGUGUCCCAUACGCUAUCGUCAAGGGUAAGGCUAGAUUAGGUACUUUGGUUAACCAAAAGACCUCUGCUGUCGCCGCUUUGACUGAAGUCAGAGAUGAAGACGAAGCUACUUUGGCUAAGAUCAUCUCCACCGUCAACGCUAACUUUGCCGUCAAGUACGAUGAAGUUAAGAAGCACUGGGGUGGUGGUAUCAUGGGUAACAAAGCCCAAGCCAAGUUGGACAAGAAGGCUAAGACUGCCUCCGCUUAA